AUGGAUGGCCCUCUGUUGAGUACCGGAGAGGACAUGGGAAGCUUUGAAAAUACCGCAAGUAAUGCAGAGACAGAAGCCGAUGACAUAAUUCAAGAAAAUUCUGAUAAUGAUCGAGUUGAGGAGGAGCCCAAACCUGGUAUGAAGUUUGCCACUGAUCAUGAGCUUAUGGCUUAUUACAUGAGAUAUGCCAAACAACAAGGUUUUGGUGUUAUAACACAAAGGACGAAGAGAGAGGCUAAUGGGAGGGUGAAGUAUUUGACUAUUGGGUGUGCACGAGGUGGCAAGUACCAUCCUAGCCAUAGUAAUAUCUCGAGGCCACGCCCAACUAUUAAAACAGAUUGUAAGGCACGGAUAAAUGCUCACUUAGUGGAGGGUAGUUGGGUGGUGACCACUGUUGAGAUUGGCCAUAAUCAUAGUACUGUCAGCCCACAAAAGUCUAGAUUAUUUAGAUCUCAUAAGUGUUUAGACGAAUACAGUCAGAGGAUGCUUGAUUUGAACGACAGGGCAGCCAGACAAUUAAGGCUGGGUAAAGGUGGUGGCGAAGCACUUACUGAGUACUUCAAGAGGAUGAGGUUGCAGAAUGAUGGUUUUGUCUAUGUGAUUGAUGUGGAUGAAGAGCUGAUGUUGAGAAAUGUGUUCUGGGCUGACGCACGGAGUAGAGCAGCGUACGAGUAUUUUGGAGAUGUGAUCACCUUCGAUACGACAUACCUGACAAAUAGAUACGGCAUGCCAUUUGCUCCAUUUGUUGGGGUAAAUCAUCAUGGACAGUCUAUACUGUUAGGGGCUGGCUUGAUUUCAAGCGAAGACAAAAGUACUUUUGUGUGGUUGUUUCGGGCAUGGUUGGAGUGUAUGGAUGGUCGCACUCCAAAAGCGAUCAUAACAGGCCAAGACCGAGCAAUGAAGAGUGCUAUUGCAGUGGUCUUCCCACACACUCGCCAUAGAUAUUGUCUAUGGCAUAUAAUGCGAAAACUGCCUGAGAAAUUGGGAUCUCACGCUGCCUUCAAUGCAGGGUUGAAAACUACCAUCCAAAAUGCCCUAUAUGAUUCACAGACAUGUGGUGAAUUUGAGGAGAAGUGGGGGCAAUUUAUUAAGAAGUAUGACUUAGGUGAAAAUGCAUGGCUGCAAGGGUUGUACAAUGAGGUCGUUUUGGGUACCAGUUUACCUUAA